AUGUCAGCUGCAGCUGUAGAAGCGGUUAAUGCCGCUCCCCUGUCCGGGUCCAAAGAAAUAAGUUUGGAGGAACCAAAGAAGAUGACCAGAGAGGACUGGAGGAAGAAGAAGGAGCUAGAAGAGCAAUAUAUUUCUUCAGUACCAUGGUAUAUUGAUCCAUCAAAAAGACCUACAUUAAAGCAUCAAAGACCACAGCCAGAGAAACAAAGGCAAUAUAGUUCUUCUGGAGAAUGGUACAAGAGGGGUGUAAAAGAGAAUUCCAUAACUACUAAGUAUCGCAAAGGAGCAUGUGAAAAUUGUGGGGCCAUGACACAUAAAAAGAAAGAUUGCUUUGAGCGACCUAGGCGAGUUGGAGCAAAAUUUACAGGUACUAAUAUUGCUCCAGAUGAGCAUGUCCAACCUCAGUUGACGUUUGACUACGAUGGGAAGAGGGAUCGGUGGAAUGGCUACAAUCCAGAAGAACACAUGACAAUUGUAGAAGAAUAUGCCAAAGUUGAUCUGGCAAAACGAACGCUGAAAGCCCAAAAACUACAAGAAGAAUUAGCCUCAGGAAAAUUAGUGGAACAGGCUAAUUCUCCAAAACACCAGUGGGGAGAGGAAGAACCAAAUUCUCAGACGGAAAAAGAACAUAAUAGUGAAGAUGAGGAUGAAGAUAAAUAUGCAGAUGAUAUUGACAUGCCAGGACAGAAUUUUGACUCUAAGAGACGAAUUACUGUCCGAAAUCUCAGGAUUAGAGAAGAUAUUGCAAAAUAUUUACGAAAUUUAGAUCCAAAUUCUGCUUAUUAUGAUCCCAAAACUAGAGCAAUGAGAGAGAAUCCCUAUGCCAAUGCAGGAAAGAAUCCAGAUGAAGUUAGUUAUGCAGGAGAUAACUUUGUUCGCUACACGGGGGAUACCAUCUCAAUGGCUCAGACACAACUGUUUGCCUGGGAAGCCUAUGACAAGGGUUCUGAAGUGCAUCUGCAGGCAGAUCCUACAAAACUAGAGCUUUUAUAUAAAUCAUUCAAAGUUAAAAAAGAAGAUUUCAAAGAACAGCAGAAAGAAAGCAUCCUGGAAAAGUAUGGUGGCCAAGAACACCUGGAUGCCCCUCCAGCUGAAUUGCUUUUAGCUCAGACUGAGGACUAUGUGGAGUACUCAAGACAUGGAACUGUCAUCAAAGGGCAGGAGCGAGCUGUUGCCUCCUCCAAAUAUGAGGAAGAUGUGAAGAUCAACAAUCACACGCAUAUCUGGGGAUCUUACUGGAAAGAAGGCCGAUGGGGAUACAAAUGCUGUCAUUCUUUUGUCAAGUAUUCUUACUGUACUGGAGAAGCUGGGAAGGAGAUUGUUAAUGCAGAGGAAUGUAUUCCAAGUGAUGAAACUGGAGAAGAGUCCAUGAAGAAGCCUCAAACCCUUAUGGAGAUGCAUCAAGAAAAACUUAAGGAAGAGAAAAAGAAGAAGAAGAAGAAGAAGCAUCGAAAGAGCAGUUCAGAUAGUGAUGGCGAAGAAAAACGUGAAAAAUUGAAAAAGGCAUUGAAUGCAGAAGAGGCCCGCCUUCUUCACGUCAAGGAGAUCAUGCAAAUUGAUGAGCGGAAACGGCCUUAUAAUAGCAUUUAUGAAACUCGGGAACCAACGGAAGAGGAAAUGGAGGCCUAUAGAAUGAAACGUCAGAGACCAGAUGACCCCAUGGCUUCUUUCCUUGGCCAGUAG